CCGGUGCACCAGGUCAGAGCAAAGACUCAUGUAGUUGUAGAUAAAAUAGCAAAUAUCUCUUCGUGUGUGUCUUUAACGUUUAUAUAUUGUCAGAUAGAUAUGUGUCACUGAAUAUCUCUUGCGGACUUUUUUAUUUUUAAUUCGCCCCGAAAGCGGAACUGAGCUUCACGCUCGGAGUUAAUAGAAAAAAUGAAGCUGCAGAAUGUUGAUUCUUGAACUACUCGGAGCUCCAUAUGACUUAUCUGCCUCCCAUGGAAACAAUCCGAUAAGGAGCGCGUGUGAACCUGCCUUCAGCAGGCAUGAAGGAGUUGUUUCAGAAGCUACACAGCCUCUUUUUAAAGGUCGUCCUGUUUCCGAGCUCUUGGGGGAGGAGAGCUGUUCGCCCCGCCGCCUCGGAGGUGUUGACCUGCCACCUGCUGCAGAGGAAUCUGCCCCCCUGGACUUCGUUCUGUGUCCGCUACAGCUCCGUCCACAAUGAUCAGUUUGGACUGUCCAACUUCAACUGGAGGGUCCAGGACUCCAACUACCACAUCCUGAGGACCGGCUGCUUCCCUUUCAUAAAAUACCACUGCACCAAAGCACCUCCACAGAACCUGCACUUUGAGGACAAGUUCUUCACCACGUUGAAAGUUAUCAAUCUGGGCAUCCCCUGUUUGGCCUAUGGUAUUGGCUGCUGGAUGGUAGUGGGAGCUGAAGAAACCGUACAGACAAGUUCUGGACCCGUCACAGUCUAUUUUGCUUACAAAGAAGAAGAGGGUGCACAGUAUUAAGGGAAAUAAUGAAAUAACUAAUUUAAAUAUGAAGUGAAGAGACUUUGGUCCCGCUAUGUGCUGUAUUUCCCACAGAUGUGCUGCCUCUUGUCUUCCAUACUGUUGUGUGAAUGCACAGGUUCAUUUAUAUUUAAUUAUUAAAGAUUUAACGUCGCACAGGAGGAGUCAGUUAUGCAUAUUAUUACUCUGAAACGCGAUACUUGGUGUUUAUUCGGAAAGCUAACUUUCUAUUAAAAUUUAAUGGGAAGGUUAGGAUUCGUACAAAGAAUAGAGUGAUUGUCACAAUGACCUUUGCUAUAGAUUGCUGUAAAUGAGAACUUGGUCAUUCAGUUUACAGUAAAAAUAAAUAAACAAUACAAAAAGAUUGAUUCGAUGAUAAAAGGUGAUUGAAUUUGCAACCAGU